GGCAAAGUGCAAUCUGGAAGUUGCAAAAUGAAGACUCUGCUUUUCUUUGUCAUUUUCUUGCGUCUUCUUGUAGGUCUUUCAAGAGCUGUGUAUAAACAGUGGAUACCAAACACCAAUUUUGAAAAUGCCUCCAACUGGGAUCGAAAUCAAGUCCCUUGUCCAAAUGAUGUGAUUGUUUUUGGGAACAGUGAGGUAGUUUCUGUCUUUGUUGAGUCACCCCACUCCUUGACUGAUAUGUACCUUCCCAUGAAUGGAGAAUUCAUUAUGGCCCCUGGUGCCGGGUUUGCAGCUUUUGACGGUAAUUACGAACCAGGAUGUGAGACAGCUUCGGAAAUCAAAUUUACCAGUUCAGGCAGUUACCAGUGGUACGAUCCCAGACUGUGGCACUCUGCGGUCUCCUUGGAAGAUAUGGAGAGGGGCAAGUAUAUGUUCUCUGUGGAUGAAGAGUGUGUCCCGUGCCAAUACGAUGAUGUCCUCUUUCAGCCCAAAACAUCCUUCCGGGUGAAUAUCGAGUCAUCCGAGCAGAUGAUACAUCUGAGGAGUAUUUCCCUAAUGGGUCAGAAGUUCACUGACAAUGAGACUCUGGCAGCAUAUUUGCAGAGCCGUUCCGCAAAGCUGCAGUUCGACGGGCAAGGGGCAUUCCGGCUGUCAAACGACAGAUGUCCAGACAGAUCUGGCUGUGAAUGUGGAAACGCAGCUGAUCGUCUUAGAGUCUGUGCUGUCUUGCUCAAGGAUUCUGAAGACCAGUGUCCAUCACCUACAUGCAAGAACCCACUGAAGCCGAUUGGCCACUGCUGUGAAAUUUGCGGAGCCAUCGUUUUCUUGGAUUACUCUACUGGUUUUGACAUUGAGCUGUAUCGGGACAGAAUACGCCAUACUUUUCUGAGUCUGCCCAAGAAUGCAGGUGUUAAGAUGGCUAUAUCGAAGGUGCACAGACCUGACACUUCCCUGGGACUCUGGCCACUUAGCUCUGCAUCCUUCAUCCAGAUUGUGCUAAUGGAUAACAGGACCGGGUCCCAGAGUGGCAUUCAUGCUGAACAGCUGGCUGAGGACAUCAUGAAUGAUAUAGCAAAACAUGGAGAGUCCUUUGACAUUGUGGGGAGCUCCUUGCAAACCGCCACAGGCAAUAACUGGAGCGCUCAUGGAGUGAGCAGCCAUAUCAGUUCUUCUACGACUGGGAUGAUCAUUGGCUGCGCUCCUUUAUCCCUCCUGCUAGGUGUGUUGCUGGCACUGUAUAAAAGGGGCAUGUCUUCUUUUAGAUCUUUCCCCUGUGUGCAUUUGCUGUCCCAGUGGAAGAGGAUGAAUGACCUGGAUUCUUUGGGAGAAGCUGCGGACAAAGGUUUUGACAAUCCCAUGUUCGACACACCGUCCAGCCUUGCGGCUUUGGAUGGUGCGCAUUUCGCAGGGGAGACACCGAAAGAGACAGGGAGCAAAAAUACCCAGGUUUAUUACAUCAACCCUUUAUAUGAUGAAACCGAACUUAGAGCUUAAAAGCAAAGCCGCCCAAAGAAGACAAACCGGCAAAUUCUUUCCCAGCUUCUCCUUCCUUGCAGUUUUAUCUCAAUAGAGCUUUCGGCUCCACCAGGAAAUUUAAGUAGGGCUGAGCAGAAAAACUCCCUGAUGGAUUGUGUUUAAUAUCAGUUUGCCGUUUGCUUCUCUCAAAAUAUUUGGUAAUUUUGUUAUGGGAAAAUAAAAAUCAGUUCUUGUGCAGUGCUCAAAAAUUA